AUGAGAGUAGUAGUUGCUCUGCAACUACCCAAGGGUAGUUUGACAGAGGAAGCGUGUGACGAGAUGGUGCGAAAAGUGCACGGUCCGGUAGAUGAGGUUUGCGGUAUUUUGAUGCAGGCAUCAUUGGAUGCGGUCAUACCGAAGACCGUAAACUUGCGCCCGUCGCUUGUCACGAAUAGCUUGUGCAGAGAUCACGUACGAGAACGAGAGAGGACAGGUGAUCUCCCCCUCCCUCCCUCUCCUCCCUUUUUCCCCACCCCUCACCACAUCAUCCACGUUGAGCUCGCAUCUAUUCAUAAACCAAAACAAAUGAGCAGCGACGAUGCGGCAGGCGGCGACCUCCCCCACUACGAGGGGCUCCUCCCGCCCUCCAAGCUACGCGCGCUAGCCUCCUCCUGGCUGCUGGAGGACGCGCCGUCGUUCGACGGGGGCGGGUUCGUGGUCGGGGACGUGACGACGACGGCGGACAUCUUCCUGAAAUCGGGGGCCGUGCUCGCCGGGCGGGCGUUCGUGGACGCGGUGUUCCGCGAGUUGGACUGCACGGUGACGUGGGCGUCGUGGGCGGUGGACGGGGCGGAGCUGGACGCGGGCGCCGGGUCGGAGCGGCGGCUGCUGCUGGGCAGCGUGCGCGGGGCGGCGCGCAAGGUGCUGCUAGGCGAGCGGGUGGCGCUGAACGCGUUGGCCGAGUGUUGCGCGGUGGCGACGGCGGCGCGCGCGGCGGCGCGGCAGAAGCGCGCGGCCGGGUGGGGCGGGCGCGUGGCGGGGACUCGCAAGACGACGCCCGGGUUCCGGCUCGUGCAGAAGUUCGGCAUGGCGGCCGGCGGCAUGGACACGCACCGCAUGGACCUGAGCGGCAUGGUGAUGCUCAAGGACAACCACGUGCGCGUGGCCGGCGGGGUGGGCGGGGCGGUGCGCAAGGCGCGGGCCGUGGUCGGGUUCUCGGUCAAGAUCGACGUGGAGUGCGCGCGCGUGGAGGAGGCGUUCGAGGCGGCCGCGGCGGGGGCCGAUGUGGUGAUGCUGGACAACUUUGGGGCGGAGAGGUUUUGCGAGGCGGCGAGAGCGGUCAAGGAGAAGUUUCCGGCGGUGCUGGUGGAGGGCAGCGGCGGGAUAACGAUGGAGACGCUGAAGGGUUACAUGGUGGAGGAGGCGGAUGUGGUGAGCUUUUCGAUCAACCGGUACGUGAAGGCGGUGGAUGUGUCGAUGAAGGUCCGCGCGGUCGGGGCGGAGAAGUGA